UUUCUUCUGUUUCUUCUUCACUUUCUGUUAAUUGUAACAGAUCUGUAAUUUCGAUCUUUUUGGAAGACAAGUUAUGUUUCGUUGGUGUAUAUGUUAACAUACUGCUGUCUGCAGUAUUGAAAUCUUCAGCAUCUUUAGAUCUUGAUCAAUUAGUAUAUUCUUUAAUCAAUAUAUCCAAUUUGCCUACUGCAAUUUUACAAAUCACAAAGCCUGGAAUUACGCAGCCUGAAGAAAGAUCACUAGCUCGUCUUUGGCAUGAGGAAAUAAAAUGCCUUUUCCUUCGAUGCAGGAAUCCAUCAGACGCAGCUAUCGAAAGUCUUAUUGUCAAAAUAUUUAACUAUGAGCUAUAUAGUUCACUGCAAAAGUUACAAGAAUUUAAAGAAAUACGAACAAGAGAAAGACAAAUGACUGCGCCAACGAACUUGGAAUCGAAGAAUUUAUAUCUAGAGAUUGCUGAAAAAAUAUUGAACAGAUAUUUAAAGGGUACUAACAUUAACAAACUCAAAAGAUGUGGGAUAAUGGAACGACUUGCAUUAAUGAUUAGAGAAGCAUUUAAGGUACAUUAUAUUUUUUACAACACCAAGGCCAUCAAAGAACUUGAUAAUAUUACAGUAGAUUGUAUGGUGCCAAGUAGAUCCAAAAAAAAUAUCGCCUCAAAACUUUCGUUGGUAGAAUAG